UUUACAUACGGACGUGAUGGCGAGCACUCUGAUCCUGGAUAGACUGAAUCCAAUUAUGUGAAAAAAACAGAAAGCAGAUUGAAAGACUAAACAGAAAGACAAUAUAUACCUAGUUUUGAUGUGAAAAUUCAGAAAAUAAGAAUGUGGCCCUUUCUCUGGCAGCUGAUACUCACCUAUCCUUCUGUCCCUCUUAAAUCCUGAUUCUUUCUGUCAUCACUUCAAAUUUAUCUAUAUUUCUAUAUUUAACUGAUUAUUUGUUUGCUUUAUUGAGUAGCUAAUUUACUUUCAUAAGGUUGCAUUUUUGAGCAAUUUAGGUUUAAUGUUGGGGUCUUUUUUGACUUAAAAUAUUAAACCAUGUGCCUAGAAUAAAUCAAAUAUUCAUUGUUUCAAAAUACUUAAGAUAAAGAAAGCAACAGGUGUAUCCUAAGUCCUCCCAUCCUAAUCCUCCCUGACUGACAUCCUCCAUCCUACGUUCCCAAAUCCUUCCAAGAUGCUGACCUACGACCUUAUUGCUGAUGUUUACCCCGCCGCUUUUGCAGCCACGCGUGGUGUCGCCUGCCGGCAUGAUGAGGGCAAGAACCACCCUCAUAGAUCACGGUUAACCAAACGGCAGCAGAACCAGAGCGGCAAUCAACACCACAGCCGUUGUCAACAGAAGAGCAAGUCCCAAUCACCACUCAGGCAGUACACUGCAGAUUCCUGUGACACCCCUGGGUACACUGACAGUGUUCAGCACAGAUACCCAGAAGAGCAGGAAAUUCUCUAUAACACCAGCAACAACAACGACAGUAAUCGACUUGAUCUCAACAACCUGAAGAUUGUGCAUGAAAAAUCAAUACAUGUUCCAGUUUCUGCUUACCCCAAAUCCUUCAUUCAGUGGCCCGUUGACGGCUCCACAAAAAACAAACGUAUUGCAGAAGUAAAGAAACAGGUGAAACUCCUCGGAGAGCUCAUCAAGAUGACUGUCGGGGGAGGCCAGCAUGAUGAAUCCCUUGCAGAUGACAAGACCCCCACCAAUCCCCCACCCUUCUCUGACCAUGUCGACAUGUCCAGAAUCCCCGCAUAUGCCCUUGUCCACUCAGCCGAAGAUGGAUCUCAACCCAAAUGGGAUGAUAUCAAGGAGCUUAUUAAUGCAGGCAAAAUGAAGGAGGCCAAAAUUAUGGUACGUGAAGCAGAUUGGAGUCUUGCCAGCCCAGUCCGUGAGGAAUUAUGGAAAGAAAUGUGCCGGCAUCAUUCAACAGAAAAAGACUUCAGUGAUUAUUACUACUGGGACACUGUCAAGCAGAUUUAUGGAACCACUGAACUCAGUGAGUGCCAUGCUCAACUGCCAGCCUUCAUUGACACCCACCAUACAGUCUCUCACUGCCUGUCCCCAAGAGGAGUCUCUGCCUGCGAACGUGUCAUCUCUGUCAUUGCUUUCUCCCACCCAGCCAUCACAUAUGCUCCAUCACUUUAUUCUCUGACAUCUGUACUCCUUCAUUACAUGGAUGAAACCGAUGUGUACAACUGCAUGUCUGUGUUGGUUUCUGGUUCCCAGAACAAAUUCAUCACACAGACCAAAGUGUCCCAUGAAGCCACUUGGAGAGCAGCCAUGAUCCUAGCCAGAAAACACAUUCGAGGUUCCUUCUCAACUCUUUCUAAAUUUGGUGUCACACAAGAACAGAUUGAAGAAGGAUUCCAGAAUUGGCUUUGGUGGAUCCUUGCCUCACUUCCUCUAACUCACUUGGUAAGAGUUCUUGACUGCUUCCUAUUUGAAGGGGCCAAAGUUUUGCUUCGAACUGCUCUUGCUAUUUUCCACCUGUUUGUCAAGGCAGUUAUGAAUGAUUCUUCCAUGGCUGCAUCUCUUCCUUCACGUGGGCUUAAAGAAGCUAUUUGCCGAUUUUGUCAAAAUAUCCAGGUACCCACACAGAAAUUACUAAAAACAGCAUUUGGCAUUCGUGGAUUUAGCAAGUCUGAAAUCACCAAAGUUAUUGUCCAGACUGAGAUGUUCCUGAAGAGCCAGCGCAGCAUGGGUGGCACAGGUAGUGGAUCUGGAGUUCCAGAAGUGCCAGCAUUAACACGUUCGGUGUCCCUGGAAGGCCUGCCAACAUCAGAAACCCAGGCUGACAUUCAGAUGAUGUCCCAUACCUUAACAAUCAAGGAGCUUUUGACUUUGUGGUCGUGGCUACCUGUGAGAAUGACAAUGCAUCAGCCUUCUCUUAUUUACACCACUGAAGAACAUGGCUGUUCCCUCACAACAUUCUUUCAGCGUGUGGAGAAGCAUGAACCAACACUCAUAUGCAUACGAACAGUAAAAGACCAUGUCUUUGGUGCCUACUGUUCCACGGCUUGGGAACAGCGCAACCUUAAGGACGAAUUUGGGAACCGACAGACCUACUUUGGAACAGGAGAAUGCUUCUUGUUCAGCCUCCGGCCUACUGUUGCCAAAUACCAGUGGGUUGGCAUAUCCAAACAGCAGCAGAAUUCAGAAUUGUCUUCAGUGGAGCAUUCAUCAGAACUCUUCAUGCAUGCAGACAGCUACAUGAUCACCAUUGGUGGAGGAGAUGGACAAGGUAUCAUGUUGGACCAAGAACUCCGCUUCGGCAAAACAGAAAAGUGCAACACCUUUGACAAUCCUCCUCUCACACCCGAUGUUGACUUUGAAGUGAAGGUCAUUGAGGUUUAUAGCUUUGCAAACGUGUAAGACCAAAAUAUUUUAAACUUCACUAAAAUAUUUGUAUUGUGAUAUUUUUGCUUGUUCAUUUAUCAAGGAACAAUAUAGAUUCUGAAUGGAUUUUUGAAUAGAGAAAAUCAAGGAUUUUUUCAUAGUGAUGAAUCAAGAAAAAAUCGUUUUUACAGCCAACUGAACUAUAUUUUCUUUAGUGUAUUUUUGCUAAGAGAAUAAAGUAAAGUAGUUUAGAAUACUCAAGUUACCAUAUCAAUUACAAAUUACCGAAUAGGUAAGUAUAACCCAAAGAGUGUAGUUAAUAUAACUACUUAGGAUACUCAUGCCUACUUAAAGAUAAUUAGUAAAUAGGCCAUUCAUAAUAUUAAAGUGUGCAGUUCAUCCCCCGGAAAUGUUGAACCUAGUCAGGAAAAUGCUAUGAUAUUAAUGUCAUUAUUGGCAUGACAGGAAGCAUAUUCAUGAUGUUAGAGGUUAUAAUUUUUUCCCCCUACUUAUUUAUUAGUAGAAUUCAAGCAGUUUUAAGUGAAAUAAGUUUAGUGGAUAAGUUCAAGAUUCAGGAGCAGUAAGUGAAAGAAUGUGCAAAAACAUACAGCACAUGAAAUACAAUAAAGUAAGGCAAGAAAUAUAAAGAAAUGGUAAAGCAAUAAUGAAAAAGCGAUUUGGUUGUAGUGAUGCAUUUAGAAUCAAAAGGAUUUCAACAUAACCAAAUAAUAGUGAUGUAAGAAGACAUGAUAAGGAAGAAGGGAAUCUUCAAUAUUGCAUGAAAAUAGCUGUUGUAAGUUGGCAUUGAAUUUAGAGAUAAAAACAUUUUUAUGGAAUUAAUGUACAUCAGCCCAAAAGCAUUUACAUACUGACAUUUUAGGAAUACUGAAUCUCAAGUGACAUGCAAUCAUUAUAUGGUCAGCUUGUAAAUCUGAGUGUUUAUUAUUAAUUUUAAAUGCAUACACUAGGUACUUUUGGCUUCUUUGUAGAGUUGCAUCAGACAUUACUAGUUGCAUAGAAAUAAUUUUUUGUGUGGUUAGCUUGCCAACAUGAAUUCUUAAAUGUUGCUACAGUAGAGUCAAUCACAGUGUUUACAAAUGUAAAAGAAAUAGAUUGCUUGGUUAGUAUGAAUUUGCCAGUUAAGCCUUGUGGAAGUAGAUUUGUGAUAUUCUUUAUAAGUACAGUAUAUUCUAAGGGUUAUAGACUGUUGAAUGACCAUUACAUAUCUUUCAAAAGAUAUCUAACAGUAAUUGACAACAUUAGGUUGUUAAAUUUUGUAGAAGUUAUAAAGAUUCUGUUGAAGCUGUUAGUGGUUUAAAUGAUUUUAAUAUGUAUUUCAUGUAAUGAGUGUAAUUGUAAACACAAGCACACCCAAGUGCACAUUGCACCACUUAGUGGGUAUGCUGAAGGAUUGCAAAAUCUUAUCAAAAAUGUUUACCAUCACGAGACCCUCAUCUUGUACCAGGGCAUGAGCAUUGCCAGGUACAACUAAAAAUGGGAAAGGAAUUCUCUCUGAUGAAUCUGAUGAAUAUAUCAGUUUGCAGCUAAAGGAUGUUGGUAUCAUGUAUGCUGAACACAAGUUUUUAAUUUAUAAGGCUAAAGGUAGUUUAAAAUAAUUUCAGAAAGAUUCAUCAGGUGAAUUUUUAUCUGUUACCUAAAUGGUGUUAUGAUGGAGCUAGUCUGUAUUAGAUUUACGUAUCCCUUUCAAUGAGAUAUUUUUGUGUCUUUAGUGCAGACUAUUACAUUAACUUGGAAUUUGUAUCUUGUACAUUUCAAGUUACAAAUAGUUUGCCUGAAAGGUUCUUUAAUACUAUAAAUGUCAGAUCAGUAAAAUUAGGUCCAUGAUUGUGUGUGUUCCAUUUCUUCUAUGUAUUGUAUUUAGGAUGCAAGUUGUCAUAGGAAGUUCGAUUGAUAGAUUAGUGGUCAGUUUCAGAUGUUUGUUUUGAAUUAUUAGUGUGUUUUCAAACCAAGGAUCUCGGCAUUUUUUGCACUUCAUUAAUCAUGGAGUCCUCUUUAUCAGUGUAUGGAAACAAUCCAGUUGUGUGGCAGGAUUAACUUUAUCGAUUCUUUAUUAACUUUACGUCCUUUGAAAGUGCUCUUAGGUGAUUGCGGAUGAUAUGUGAAGAAUUUAUUUAUCAUCCAUAUCUGCCAGGAUUAAGUAACUGUUAAUCAACGAACCUUUUUUUUUUUUGUACAUUUUGAAUAAUGAAUAAG